AUGGCUCCUGGGUCAAAAUCCAGCCGGGUAAAGCCGUCUGAGGUGGCAGCCGACACCAAGCGGAACUUCAUUCCCAUGGUUAAUGCCAACUAUGCAGAAAUGUUCCCUCCUUACUCAAUUCUCUACCCUCAGCCAGCUGAACUUAUCAUUACACGCCGGCAUUUGGGCACCCGCCCACCCGUUUUUCGUAUAGAAGAGGGAGAUCCUGUCAUGACUGCAAUUUCUUAUGCAGCUACUGACAGCCAAUCCCACGAAGCUGCCGGCGGCUGCAGAGUCAGAAUUCCAUUCAUUUGUGCUGCCAACGAACGCCGGCCCGGAGGUGACUGGGAAACGGGAUGCUCAGGGUAUGAGGAAAAGCUCUGUCGCCGAAGCAACCUUUCUGCAACACUCAGCAGUCCCUGGCCAAACACACAGGUAUCAUCAAAUUAUCCUAUACCCUCUGCUGGAUGUAUUCUCUCGGACGCUGUUGUCGUUUGCCGAGGACCCCAUGAUCAUUACGAGCGCCUUGAUCGCUGGUAUGACUUGCCUGUUGUUUCCGUACCACCAACUCGAUGGCCGAAGCUGAAGGAAAACGGAACCAUGUAUUCUUUUGCAGAAGAACGAUUCAUGAUGAGAGAGAAGAUCCGAGGAGCCCUUCGCCUCUGCCUCUACAACAAUUACGAUCGGGUUGUUGUUGGGGAUUUUGGCCUAGGCAACAGCUGCCGUAAUCCGCCUCAGGAGGUCGCUGAAAUCUGGCGAGAUGUGCUGCUAUUCGACCCGGAUCUCCGUGGACAGUUUGCCUACGUUAUUUUCGCCUUCGAAGACCCUUCACAAAGCACUACCCGCUGCAUCUGGGACGAGAUGGCAAGGAAAGACAAGAAAGGAGGAGUUGGUGCCAAGAUGAAGUCGCGCGGCGAUCCGGUAGCCUCGGUUGGAAUCUCACGAGGCGCAUCUAUGGUUGCACCAACAGAUAUGGCUAUUUUCCAGCUGGCAUUUGAUCCCGCUGAGAUUCAGCGUGUACUCAGCGCCCCAGACCCACGUUACGGUUUAGACAUGAUUACUUCUUGA